UGCGCAGCGCCCCGCUCCCGCGCGAUGCUGCCGCUGCCGCCGCGGCUUCAGCUCCUGCUCCGUGAGGGGCUCCCUCAGGAUCCCCCUCAGGAUCCCCCGUCCCAGCACCGCCCCCAGCGCCCUCAGCCCACGCCGCCCUUCACCUUCGCCCCCCGCCGCCUCCGCCUCGGCCCCCAACACCCGCUCUUCGAGGAUGGGGACGUGCACAGGCACCUCUACCUGCAGGGCGUCCUCACCAGCCUCGAGGAGGUGGCCGAGAGACCCAAGGUGUCUGAGUUCAGCUGCCACAUCUCCGGGUGCAGCCAGGUGUUUGACACGUUGGAGAGCUACGAGCACCACUACAACACCCUGCACAGGAACGUCUGCUCCUUCUGCAAGCGCUCCUUUCCCUCGGGGAAUCUCUUGGAUAUCCACAUCUUGGAGUGGCACGACUCCCUCUUCCAGAUAAUGGCCGAGAAGCAAAAUAUGUACCAGUGUCUGGUGGAAGGCUGCACGGAGAAGUUCAAGAGCAGCAAGGACAGGAAGGAUCACUUGGUGACCGUGCACCUUUAUCCUGCUGACUUUCGCUUCGACAGGCCCAAGAAGGUGAAAAGUGGCUCCAAGCACACGAGCUCUCCUGCAGAGCAGGGCGCCAGCGUGCCCAUGGAUGUGAGCGUGGAGAUGGCAGAGCAAUUCCAAGUGAAUCCCAUGGAAACAGGGCCUGAGGAGAACAUGGAGAUCUCUCAGCCUGCAGCCAGCCCUGGCCCCUCGCUGCCAGAGAAACGGCUCUACAAAUCCAGGAUCCCAUCCACAAUUUGCUUUGGACAAGGUGCCACCCGAGGAUUUAAAGGACCAAGGAAGAAACGGUGGGCAGGGUGGGUGCUGGGGGUCAGGGACGAGCUGUGGGCACAGGAACGGCUCAUUGUGCCACCAUGUCUCUGCCAUGUCUUCUCCAGCCCGAGGGCCAUGGGGCUCUGCAGCACCACCGUCCUGCUGGGCACUGCCCUCCUCCUGCUGGCCCCCGGCAGCACCCAGGCUCUAAGCAGCUCCAGGUGGAAGGACCUGGCCAUGGAGCAGGAUUUGGCUGAGGAAAUCAUCCUGGGCGUAGGAGCCAUUGGGACACCGGAGGAGGGUGACCCAGGUAUAAAGGUCUUCUCCAGCAGUGCCUGGGCUCAGAGGGGCCCACCCCAAGUCCAGGCAGGACCAGAAGAGGAUCGUGACCACCUCCACCACCCCCAAGAUGAUACCAGGGAGGCAAAUGCCCGUGUGCCAUUCUGGAUGCUGUCCCUGGAGGUGCAGAAUGGCCCCGAGGAGGAUCGUGACCACCUCUACCACCCCCAGGAUGAUGCCAGGGAGGCUGACACCCACAGGCCACUCCGGAUGCUGUCCCUGGAGGUGCAGAACGGGCCAGAGGAGGACCGUGACCACAUCUACCACAGCUGAAAGGAGAUGUGCUCAGGCCGUGAAAUGAGGGGUGGGAGCUAGCCCUGGGGCUUCCUGGGGGAAUUUGCCCCUCCCUACCCAGCCUUGAGCCUCACCAAUAAACCCACUCCCCUCUCCACAUCCUGACGGGCCCUCAUUGCUGCCAGAAACCUGCUGCUAAGUGCAGGGCCUCCAAACCUGCAGGACCCCCCUGAGGAUUACUCCAAGAUGCCAGGCAGGAUGAGGAUGAUGCCCUGGGACAGGAGACUCAGCCCAUCAUCCCGGCCUCAGUUCAGCCCACGUGAGGCUGAGGCCAGGCAAACUCAGUGCAUUGGUGCCACAGACUGUCCCCUUCCUGGGGACCACAUGGACCUGUGCUCCACAAGGCUGCUUUUGC